AACUCCCUCUGGCCCCACAGAAAGUUUCCACUUUGUGGGCAUCCUUUUUCUCCACAUUCCUACCCUUCCCCUUCUUAUAGUACAUCUUUAAAACUCUGCAAUACCCAUCUUCUGAUUUAUUCUCUUCCAAUUUUCUUCUCCUUAUAUGUAUGGAAGACCCCGAGAAUUCAUCUGUAAGCAAGCAAGUUUCUUUAAGAGGAACUGAAGAGAGUGGUUGGACAACUUAUUUGGAGGAUUUUGCAUACAGCCAAAACUCAUAUUCCAUGGACAGUUUUAGCAGUCCUUCUUUGGUUUCUGAUGCUGCAUGGAAUGGCCCUAAUAAUAAUGAUCAAGUUAUCCAGUGUCCAUCUUUCGCUGUCUCUCAAUUUCCUAGGAGAUUGAAAUUCAAGAACACAGAUAGUAAGAAAUUUUCUUGUGAUGAUUUGGAGGAUACGGCUAGUUCUCCAGUCAACAGCCCCAAGAUUAGCAGUUUGAAGCCCAGAAAUGUCAAUUAUAAAAGAUCAGAAGGCGGCUCCAAUAAUUUCUCAAUACAAGGAACAGAUGAGAGAGACGAAAGGAAUUUUGCUGAUCGAAGAAGUGGUGAGUAUAUGGAACAAAAGAAGAGGGAGUUUUGUCUGGUGCCUGUGGCAGUGCUCAUGAACCAUCUUCGCUGAAAACCCCAGGAAAAAAUAUGGAGAUAUGUCGAAUCAUAUUUUGUAUAUAAGCAUGUGGUAGAAGAUGAAAAAUAUUUGUGAACCUAUUUUCUUGACUUCAUUUUAGUUGUCACAGUUACUUGGAUUGUAGUUAAUUAUGUACAAAUUAAGAUUCCAAUGUAACUUGUUGAAUAUUUAAAUCUUAAGUAAUGAAAUUCUUAGUUUUA